AUGGACUUAACCUUACCAGACUACUCUGAGCUUCCCAAUCACUUACUAAGUGUGAUCGCUGAAUACCUCGACGAUCGGUUUGACACACACCAUUUCCGCGCAGUUUGUAAUUCUUUUUUUGAUUCAGCCGAACGUCCGAGAAUACCCAUAUCUCCCCAUAAGAAAAUCAAAGUUUACUACCCCUUGUGUGUCGCCCUUGACCGUUGGGAAGAGUUUGUUCUUGCAGAAUCGACAAUAUACGCGUUGGAGCCCAUAAACAAAAUCUCCAAUACCCAUCUGACCACCAAGACUUGGUUGGUCAGAGUGGAAGAGAUCGAGCCAGGAAAAGUCAUUCUCGAAGACCCUCUUUCGAGAAUUUACGUUAACCAAGUGACCAGGAAGUUGCCAAAAACACUAAACCUUCUCGAAUAUCGCGCCAAGGAGAUAGCUAAAUCUUUCCGCCUUGAAUUGGUUUCGCCAUCCAUUGCAAGGCACAUAUUGUACUUUGAAAAAGUUGUUGUCUCUCCGCUUGGUGGCUUCUGCGUCAUGGCUCUCGUUAGUGGCGGGAGGGUGGGGAUAUGGAGAUUUUCAACCCGCAAUUGGCUCAACAUUGCCGUUGUUGAAAAUGGUUUUCGUUUUGAAGAUAUUUCUUAUCAUGAUAACAAAUUCUACGCCAUGGGCACUCGGGGUGUGACCAUGACUGUGGAUCCAGAAACUUUGGAUAUUUUUGAAGUUGCGGGCCCGCUUCAGAGAUGGAGUAGCGGGUUCAAAUAUCUUGUGGAUUCCUCUGAUGGAAUGUACCUGGUUGAUAAGUUCUGGGUGGAAGAAUGUUGUGCUUGCCAUAUGGAUAUUGAUGAAGAAGACUGUCCAAUCCGUUUAAUUGUGUUCAAACUCGACGAGCAGAGGCGCGAGUGGCUGCCUUUGCGAAACGAGUUGAGGGAUCGGGCGCUGUUUGUGGGUGAGGAUUGCACGUUCUCUGUUUCCACGAAGGACUUCGCUGGGGUUAAACCCAACUGUGUUUACUUCGCGGAUGAUGAGUUUUACAGGGUUAAUAGGCAUCAUCCUGGUGUCAAUACUGGCCUUUUUGACCUGGAGACUCAAAUAGCUGCGCCACUCGGUGCUUUCCCAGGUUAUUCUAAAUUAUUUUGGCCACCUCCCACAUGGCUUAAGUAG